AUGUCGAAUAUUUGUAUUGAUGAUUAUGAGUUGAUCAUUCACAACUUGCCAACAUCUGGAGGUAUGUUUAAAAACGACAAAUUGAUUUUCAUUUUCACGCUUUUCAAAUCGGAAUUAUCAUUUAUUGUUGAUAAAUUCAAUUAUCAUCAUGUUACUGCAUUAUGCAAGCUACAAGAAAGAUCAAGUGUUGAAUGUUGGAGAGGUUCAUACUCGAUGUGA